UUCUCUGUUCUAGCACUGCCUCUCUCUCUCUCUCUCUCUUUCUCUUUCUGUCUGAGACAAAAAAAAACACAUCAUCUUCCUUCUAUUGUUUCAAAAAGGGUUGGAAGCAGGCUUUGUCUCCACAAAGUUAAAAGAACUCAAACACAACGGACAAUUUACAGAAUGUCCGAAACGGAGUAUUCAAGCUUAAUCCGAAGUUUGAAGGAAGAAUUCAAUUUGAGAAAUUUCUUUCUCACAUAUCAGCAUCCAGCACAUUUUUGCACAGCUUCAUUUAAGAGACCCAAACACUUCUAUCUAAUAUGGAAUAUUUUCUGGAGCAUUUACCACGUGGCUGGAGUCUUGACGAUUUUUUGUAUUCAAAGAGAUUUCGAUAACGUUGCCAAAAUCCUGGCAUAUGCUACAAUAUGGGGUUACCUAUCGCUGUCCUUGACAGUCUUAACAGAUCUGGCAAUAGUAAUAUGCUUUCAAUAUAUACCAAGGUUUAAAAAUAGAGCCAACGGUCACUCACUCCAUUGGUCAAUGAAGAUGCUCUGGCUCUUUUCCAAUAUUUCCUACUCCAAUGGUGUAUUGAUCACAUGUGGAUAUUGGCUUCUACUUUAUCAUAGAGGCAACGGCCAUCAUAUGUACCUGAAUGUAAUGGAACAUGCCUUAAACAGCCUCUAUAUUUUGUUGAACAUAUUCAUAACAGCCAAACCCUUCCGUAUUUAUCAUGUCUGGCAAGACAUUACUGCUUUUCUCAUCUACAUAAUGUUUUCACUCGUCUAUUUCUUCAGUGGUGGAACAACAACAAGAAAUACUCGAGUUAUUUAUUUCUUCACAGACUGGAAUAAUCCAUCAGUUGCCAUUCCUUUCAUUUUACUCUUGUUAUUUGUUGGCCUUCCAAUAGUUCAUACGAUCCUGUUCUCUCUAUACAAACUAAGACUUUACAUUACAAACAGAAUGAAUACUCAAGAUCAAGAUGAAAAUAGCGAUCCAAAGAGUAAAUUGCCAGACUAAAUAACAAUAUCACAAAGUAUGUGUGUGUGUGUGUGUGUGUGUGUAUAUACACAUAUUGUAAGUAGAACAUAGAGGCUCAGUUAAUAAUAGAGGUUAAGAUGUUAUCAACACAUAG